AGCGCCACCGACUCGUUCUUCCUUUUUCGUUCUCUGGUCAAGUCCCUUUGAGAAAAAGCUUCAACUCGCCACUUUCCCUCUUUGCUCGCUGCCAACGUCUCUGUUGUCGUAUGCAUCCAACCCAAACGCAUACACAAAGCACACCAUCUUCCAUCGCAAGUUUCGCCGCCGAAUCCACUUGCCGUCGUCACGUCGUCGCUCGUUUUGCUUGCGCCUCACCGAAAACCAUCCCGCCACCGUUGCACGCUGCUUGCUCUGCCGCGCGCUUCGUUUCUGAAUCUACCACACUUGUUGUUGGUUCCCUUCCCUUUUCAACAGCUUCUGCUCCGUGCUCCGGUAGCGGCAGCUCGUUCCAUCUCGCAAAAAUUCGUUCGUCCACAACGUCCUUUCCUCCUCCGACGACUUUCGUCGCACUUCGUUGUCCCCCUCCUCGACUCCAGGCCGUUUUCUGAUUUUUGCUAAAUCUCUUUUCCCCCCUUUCCUUUUUUUCCCCCUCCUUUGGUCUGUUUUUUCCGUUUCGUUUUUUUUUUGUUCUCCACACUCUUUUUCGCGCCAUAUCUUUGAUUCCCCCCCCCCCGCCUCCGUUUUCGCUCUUUUUCAAAAAACCUUUUCACCGAGACUUUUUGAUUUUUUUCUUUUCCAAACCAUGGCGAACGUCAACAUCAACCGCGCGGUGAACGAUGCGUUCUACCGUUACAAGAUGCCCCGUCUGCAGUCCAAGAUUGAAGGCAAGGGCAACGGCAUCAAGACUGUCAUUGUCAACAUGUCGGACGUUGCCAAGUGUCUUGCUCGCCCGCCAGAGUACACUUGCAAGUACUUUGGCUGCGAGCUUGGUGCGCAGACGCAGAUGGACGACAAGAUCUCGCGUUAUGUUGUGAAUGGCGCGCACGACGCCGAAAAGCUCCAGACGCUUCUGGACGGCUUCAUCUCGCGCUUUGUGCUGUGCAAGAGCUGCCAAAACCCUGAGACGGAGCUUCUGCUGGACAAGGCGCAGCAGAUCUGGCAAAAGUGCGCUGCCUGCGGCGCCAAGAACAUGGUUGACAUGCGCCACAAGCUGACCACGUUCAUUCUCAAAAACCCUCCUUCGUCCGGAGCGCUGGCCACGACCAAGAACGAACACGAGUCGCAGCGCGAGGCCAGCAAGGCCCUCGACGGCUCUGCUGCUCCCUCGCCCUCCAAAAAGUCGUCCAAGCACGACAAGGCCGACAAGGGCGACAAGGCCGAAAAGGGCGAAAAGUCGGACAAGAAGCACAAGCACAAGCACAAGGAAGAAGAGGACGAGGACGAUGGCGACUGGUCUGUGGACACGAGCGCCGACGCGGUUGCCGCGCGUCGCCACGAGCUGAACGCCACGCUUGGCGAGAGCGUGUCCAAGCUGACCCACAGCGAGGAGCUCGAGCUCCCCGAGAAGAAGCGCAUCAACAUUUUCUUCAACUUUGCGUCGUCGUCGACCUGCGCCGCCAAGCCGGCUGCUGGCGCCGUCGCUCGCACCGCCAACCAAAUCCAGGCCGAGGCCGAGCGCCUCGAAAUCAAGGAGAAGGCUGCCGGCGUCCUCGUCGAAGUCUGCUUCAACGAGGCCAUCCUCCAGCAAAUCCCCAAGUGCAGCCAGUUCUUUGUCAAGCUGACUGAUGAGAACAAGCGCGCGCAACGCUACGUGCUUGGCGCCCUGGAGGCUCUCAUCGAGCUGUACCGCGCCACCCUGCUGCCCAAGACGAGCCACAUCCUCAAGGCCAUGUACGACAAUGACAUUCUCGACGAGGCCGAGAUUAUUCGCUGGAACGACAAGCCCUCCACCAAGUAUGUCAGCGAAGAAGUGAGCAAGGAGAUUCACAAGGCCGCUGCCACCUUUGUGACCUGGCUCAAGACUGCCGACGAGGAAGACGAUGACGAUGAGGACGACGAGGAAGAGGGCGACGACGACGACGAGGACGAAUCCGAGGAGGAGACGCCAGCCAAGAGCAAUGGCAAGGCUCCCGCUUCGUCCAGCUCGUCUGCUUCCUCGAGCAGCAAGGCUCCCGCCGCUCCCGCACCUGCCGCCGCCGCCGCCGAAGACGACUUUGACAUUGACGACAUUUAAAGGUCAAAGUGUUUCCCCCCCCCCCCUGCUUUUCCGACCCCGUGGUCUAGUCGGGGGUCGCUGUACUUUUUAACUCUUUUUGACUGUUUUGUGUGUUUUGUGUGUGUUGCAUGUUUCAUGUCUUCCUUUUUCGCCAAAGUGGCUGUUUUUGUUUGAAUUCAAAAACAAUCAACCCAUUCAUUUCCCUUCCCUGAAAUCAACAAAUCUACUGUAAAUCUGCGAC